AUGGCACGGUUUAGUCAGAAGAACGCAUCAUUUCUGAUCGAGAAUAUCGUCGAAUACGUGUUUUUUUUGUGGUCAAGGUUGAUUACGCCGUGUACCAUGGAAUCAAUACGCCACGUCUGCAUAGCGUGUGUGCUGUCGCUGGUUCUCGUCCACGUUGCGUUCUCGGCAGAUAAGAUUCUAUAUUCCUGCACUUUUGAGGAUCUAUCGACAUGUUCCUUGGGCGUAGAUCCGGCCAGGGUGACCUGGAUGAUUGGAGAUCACAUGACUGACCCAGGAGGUCAGGGGCCACCCGCUGACCACACGUGGGGUACUGAGGAGGGCAAUUAUGUUUACACCAAGUCAGAAGACAAAGUCAAGGGUACGUCACUCGAGCCGAAGCUGACCUCGGCAAACUUUGAACUCUCCACCGGUGAGGGCGUACUCUCUUUCUACUUUUUCCUGUGGGGCUCCAGCGGCAACGCGCUGAAAGUCCACGCCGAUUGCAGCGACAGUGAUGACAUGUCGCUGAUCGGGGAAUUCAACCUUUCGACCGGUUCGAUGGACACCUGGGCAAGGGCUGAGGCGUUGAUAUCGUGCAACGGCAGCUUCAAGAUAAUAUUCCAAGCAAUUCACAAUGCCAACGGCAGUUUCAUUGCUGUGGACGACAUCGCUUUGAGCAGCACAGAUAGAGAUGCUGUCGUAUCCGUGAAAACACCCGCCCCAAAGACAGAGCCGGAGAAAGAUGUGAAAGAGCCUGACGUGACCUCUGACCUGCCGCAGGUUCCAAUGAGCACCAUGCCGACUGGUGGCGUCCACAAUCGCCCACAUGAAACGAUAACCCUGUCAAUAAUCCUGUUUCUUCUGGCCUUGCUGUUCAUGAUCAUCAGCGUGAUCGUACACUGCUGCAUCUGGCGAAAGAGAAAGAAGUGCAGUGUGAAGAUGAGAAAUCAGAUGAGCGUUCACAACUCCGGCUACAACUGCCCAAUCCACACCAACCAGCCUCCCGGAGUGAUCAUCAGCAUGGAGGAUUUCAAGACACCGACCGGCGGUCAGUCAGACCAGAACGCGGAGAAGGCAUCAAUGCGGAGCUCGGAGAGCGGGAUAGUCGCCAACGGCGGCGGCAUUCUGGCGCGCCUCGUUGCGCCCUACCAGCGAGUUCGCAGUAAGACCGUACCGAACAAGCGGAGCUUCGAGCACUACGAAUCCAUCGAGAUUGAGAGCGACGGUGACGAAGACGCCGACAAGGAGAAAAGGGUACUGAGCGAGACAGGGGACAAACGCAAGAAAGGGUUCCUUGGGAAAGCUCGUCACUUCACCAGGAGCAACUCCUUGCCCACCUCCCCGGGGAACGACUUCUACGAGUCUAUCGACCACGGCCCGCGCAAGCAAGGUCCCCUGGCCUACCAAGUGACCGACCUGCUGCCCGGAGCCUCCAGCACUAGCACCCUGGUGGGAGACACUCAGGAUAACCGCUCUGAUUGCUCCAUCCCCAGCAUACACAGCAACCAUCUCAAGCCGCCGAUGCUGUACGAUAACCUGGAGAGGAGGUCCCCCUUACUGAUACACCCGUCCCGCCACUCGCCCUCAAGUGGUAACUACACUCCCCCGUCUCACCUGAACCUGAACCUGUCCGGGUCUCAGUGCAACUUGGAAUCCCUCUACAAUACAGUGUCAACCUCUCAGUGCGAUAUCGCAUCACUGUCCUCCUACGAAACGCCCACGAGCCACGUGGAUUCCCCAUCCAGUAUUAACCCCCACUUGAACCCAUUCUUUCAGUCAGUACAGCCAGGUGAUACGUACGACUCACUCAACCGGCGCCGGCGAACCAACCCAUCGCCAGUCAUCGCGGACGGGGCUCCAUCAACCCCAACCCCACCGUCGCCAACAUCCUCCGUACCCUCGUCCUACCAGACGCCCAAACCGAAGACCGAUAACCUACCCCCUGAGUAUCAAACGCUCGACCCGGACGCGAUAUCGGACGCGAGUUUUGAAAGGUCAGCGUCUGAAAGCAGCGAAACUGCCUACGAAUGUCCUCAGACCAAAAAAAUACAACACGUUAAAAGUGAGUCCAGUCAUGACUACGAGGACCUAGACUGAAUGAGCGUGUCCCAUUUUGGGAUUUUCAAAUGCAUUCAUAUCGUUAGCGGAUCCACGAUCUUCAAAAAGGAGUAAAAGAUGUUCAAGUUCUGCCUUUUUCACGAGUAGGUGGCUGAGGUUUUGAGGUCAGCGCAGACAGAGAUCGAAGGGCCUAAGCCAUGGAACAAGAUUGGCAAUAUUGUGAACAUUUUUUUUCAGGACAGAAAUUGUUUCCCAAUCAAUUAUUUGAACAAUGAACUUAGGUCAAACGAAGGGGUGGCUAUACAUCCAAUUCAAACUUUUUUCCAAACUUGAUUGAUAACAUUUGCUCAUGACAUUGAAAUUGACAUAUUUCAAAGAUGGCAGAUGCUAAUUCAUCAGGGUGUUGGAUUUUUUUUUAAAGCACAUCGUUCUUAAACAACUCUAUUUUUGUAUGUCCUUUUUAUAUGGCCGUUAUUACAUCAGCAACAAAGUUGUUCGAAACGACAACGUUUUCGUCAAAGAUUUCAAUUGAGAAAGUGCACCUUGACAAAUAUAUGAGCAAUCGAACUGUAAUAUAAAAUGUAUAUUUUUAUGUAUAUUUUUGUAAAAAUAGAGUUUGAGGUCAUUCGCUGAUCCCAAAGGAAAACAGCAAAGCUAUAUUGAAGUGCAAGUAAAUGCUCCUUGCCACAUUUUGAAGGCUCGGACACGUUUUGGGCUUGCGGUUUGUGCUCGCGAGCUAAAUUUGGUACGAGAACAGUGAACAUAACGUCACUAGAUCUGUGACUGAUCAUCAGUUUCGUGAUUUUUAACCACAAGGACCGUCAGUCUGACACGUGCACAGGUCAUGGUGGUUGGGUCAACAAAGCAUCACGAAAAAGCUGGCAAAGUUUGCAGGGGAAAAGCUAUGUAGCACAGCGUGAAAAGAAAAUAAUUUUCCAAAUAAAUGGAAUUAAAAUAUAUGAGAAAUUUGAGUAAAUUGUUAAACGUAUGAGGUGCGACGCACAAUCUUGGCGUUUCUGUAAUGCGUACUCAAAAGGCUGCCUUAUACUAUGAUAUGAUUGGAGAUAAUUCUCCACUCAAUUCCUCAUCCAUUUUUAGCAGUGCGUCAUCAUAUUAUCAUGUGGAGGAAAUGAUCAAGAAAAAUACUCGUAAUCCUUAUGCAGAUAACAAAACAGAGAAAUGACCUAAUUUUGUAUUACAGUUUCUCCUUUCCUAGUGUUUCCGUGAUAUUGG